AUGGCUGAACUACAGAACUCGUUCUCUAAGGCAGAGUCCAUCAAUACCACCGAAACCAAGUUAUCACCUGAGUUCACAGAUGGUGAAUUCUCUGAGAUUGAACGUCGGCUGCUCAAGAAGUUUGAUUUUAUAGUGCUGCCAUGUAUUGCACUGAUCUACCUUUUUUCCAAUCUUGACAAGUCCAACAUUGGUAACGCCAACGCCGCAGGGAUGUCCACUGAUCUCGGAUUGACAGAAGCACAGUAUGGUAACGUUAUUAGUCUGUUGUUUGUUACCUAUGUGGUAUUCGAAGUGCCGUUUGCCCUCCUGUUGAAGUACGUUGGCUGUAAGAAGCUUCUAACAGUGCUGGUUUUCGCAUUUGGAGUGGUUUCUCUCUGUACGGCUUUUGUUACCAGUUAUGGCUCGUUAUUGGCAUGUCGUAUCCUGCUCGGGUUUUGCGAAUCAGGUAUUAUUCCAAUCAUAAACGUCUAUCUCGGGAUGGUCUAUACGAGAGGUGAAAUGGCCAAACGUUGUUCCUUCGUUUACAGUGCAAGUGCACUUGCUGGUGCUUUUGGUGGUUUAUUGGCAUAUGGGUUGAUUAGAAUUCAAGGCUGGGAUGGCUGGAGAUGGUUAUUUGCCAUCGAGGGCGCAAUGACCGUGGUUUCAUGUCCAAUCAUUGCUAUAUUGUUACCAAACGAACUGACCAAUGUUUGGUGGUUAGAACAGGAUGAGAGGGAGGUACUAAAACAGAGGUUCGCCACUUAUCCAGACUUCUUCCAUGACGAGCCAUUCCAAUGGAGCGAAGUGCUACGAUCCAUAAAGGACAUCAACAACAUUGUCAUAUGUGCGUACGAGUUCUGUGUGGACUACACCCUCUUUGGAAUUUCAACUUUCCUUCCUUCGAUUAUCAAAACCAUGGGCUAUGAUAAGUACGAAACCCAACUGCUGACGAUCCCGGUGUAUGCCGUUGCAUUUCUCUCGUUUUUCAUAGUGGCCUAUAUAUCAGAUCUGAGGCAGCACCGUGGUGGAUUCCUCAUCUUUGGAGCAGUCUUCGAGGUGAUUGGUUACAUCAUCUUAGUAGCAACAACUCGUUCCGGCCCAAGGUAUGCGGGAUGCAUGCUUAUUGGUGUUGGAAUGUACGUUUGCUCCGCGUUGAGUAUCCUAUGGGCCAAUAAUAACAACGCAGGCCACUACAAGAGAGCCACCAUGGGGGGACUUAUCACCGCAGUCGGGUCCACUUCAGGUGUUCUAAUUGGACAGGUGUACAAGGGGAACUUCCACAAGGGUUUCAGCAUUGGCUUGGGAAUGUCCUCCGCCGCUAUCCCAAUGGUCAUCGGCGUGAUGUACAACCUAUGGGCCACGAACAGAACAAGAAUCGCCCAGGGACAGGACACAAGACUCAAGGCCAAGGAUGACAGAGAUGUGAACUUCCAGUUCGUGCUAUAA